AACAAAACUUGUGUUGACGAAGCGGGAGCCUUGAGUUGAAUGGAAGGAGCCAGUGUCCACGGAGCCCAGCGCAGAGCCGCCGGAGAGCCGUAGCAAGCGGGCCCACGCCGCAGAGGCAAUGGUCCCAAGCAGGACAUUCCUGCUGGUGUUCUGGGCAUGGGCCUGGGGGCCCCAUGGUGCUCAUGGUCAGACCGACGAAGACAAUGAAUUUCUGGAGGAUCCCAUCCUUUUCCUGAGGCCGGAGCCAGGGCAGGGGAGCCUUGACUGCCCCCGAGAAUGUGUGUGCACACAAGAAGGUGUGGUAGACUGUGGAGGCAUUGACCUCCGGGAAUUCCCUGGGGACCUCCCUGAGUACACCAAUCACCUCUCCUUGCAGAAUAACCAGUUGGAGAAAAUCUACCCUGAUGAGCUUUCACGACUCCACAGGCUGGAGACCCUCAACCUUCAGAAUAACCGGCUGACGUCCCGAGGGCUCCCAGAGGAAGCUUUUAAGCAGCUGACAAACCUGAAUUACCUGUACCUGGCUAACAAUAAGCUGACUCUGGCUCCGAGGUUCCUGCCCAGUGCUCUGGUCAGUGCUGACUUUGCUGCCAACUUCCUCACCAAGAUCUACGGGCUCACCUUCGGUCAGAAGCCAAACUUGAGGUCUGUCUAUCUUCACAAUAACAAGCUGGCUGAUGCCGGACUCCCAGACAACAUGUUCAAUGGCUCCCACAACGUGGAGAUCCUCAUCAUGUCCAGCAAUUUCCUCAAGUAUGUGCCCAAGAACCUGCCCCGGGCCUUGUACAAGCUGCACCUGAAGAAUAACAAGUUGGAGAAGAUCCCCCCGGGAGCCUUCAGCGAGCUCACCAGCCUUCGGGAGCUCUACCUCCAGAAUAACUACCUGACAAACGAAGGCAUGGACAAUGAGACCUUCUGGAAACUUUCCAGCCUGGAGUACCUCGACCUGUCCAGCAACAACCUGUCUGAGAUCCCCGCAGGCCUGCCUCGUAAUAUCGUGCUUCUGCACCUGGAGAAGAAUGCCAUCCGGACGGUGGGCCCCGAUGUGCUGACCCAGAUCCGGAAUCUGGAGUACCUGCUGCUUCAUAGUAACAAGCUGAAGGCCAAGGGCAUCCACCCCCUGGCCUUCCAGGGCCUGAAGAAGCUUCACACCAUGCACCUGUACAACAACGUCCUGGAGCGUGUGCCCAGCGGGCUCCCCCGCCGGGUCAAGACCCUCAUGAUUCUACACAACCAGAUCUCCGGGAUCGCCCGCAAUGACUUUGCGACCACCUACUUCCUGGAGGAGCUCAAUCUGAGCUACAACAAAAUCACGAGCCCCCAGAUCCACCGGGACGCCUUCCGCAAGCUGCGGCUGCUCAAGUCGCUGGACCUGUCGGGAAACCUCCUGCAGACGCUGCCCCUGGGCCUUCCCAAGAACGUGCACGUGCUCAAGCUGAAGAGCAAUUACCUGGGAGCCAUCGCCCGUGGGGCCCUGGCCGGCAUGGCCCAGCUGCGGGAGCUGUACCUCACCAACAACGUGCUCAAGAGCCGGGCAGUGACCCCCCGCACCUGGGCUGACCUCGGCAGCCUCCAGCUGCUCAACAUGGCCGGGAACGAGCUCACAGAGAUCCCAGAGGGGCUGCCCGAGUCCCUGGAGUACCUCUACCUACAGAACAACAAGAUUAGCACCGUGUCUGAAAAUGCCUUUGAGUCGACCCCCAAUCUCAAGGGGAUCUUUCUCAGAUUUAACAAGCUGGCUGUGGGUGCCGUCAGGGAAAGUACCUUCAAAAGGCUGAUGCACCUGCAGGUGCUGGACAUUGAAGGCAACUUUGAGCUCAGUGAGGGCUCCAAGAACCGUGGGCGCCAAGAAGAGGAGGAAGAGGAAGAGGAGGAGGAAGGCGAGGAGGAGGAAGAGGAGGAGGAAAUGAGAUAACUACGUGAGCCAGACUAGCCCAGGACAGCGGAUGGAAAGUGAUGCCUCUCUCUGUGUCUUCAUAUUUAAACCCCUGUGCUUCCUCCCACUCAGACAUGCCGGCAUAGCCCUACACAAACUACCCACCCACAUAGUCAGCCUCUCUGUCUGUCUCUGGCUGUGUGUCUGUCUUUGUCUUUCUCGGUUUGUGUCUCUGUUUCUCUGUCUCUCUCCGUUGCUAUGUUUCUCUGUCUCUGUCUCUCUGUCUCUGUCUCUCUCUGUCUCUCUCUGUCUCUCUCUCUCUCUCACACACACACACACACACACACACACUAUCAUAGCCACACUUAAACAGUCAUCCCUCCAUUCUACCCCAGCCCCCCAGCCACACCUGCAAUCUCAUGGACAGUCACAGGUCCACACACACAAUCGCCCACAAGCGCACACACACAUUCAGCACUAGCUCCACAUAUGUAGAGAACAAUUCGGCCCCUUAAUCCUGGGUGGGGAGAGCCUUCCUUUUCAUUUCCAGACCCCACUGGCGAAGGUCCAGGGUCUCUAAAGUUCUAUUGUCUUGUGCUCCACAAAAGCUGGCUUUUGUUCCUUCCCCUCCCUGUGAGCAGGAACCUGAUGGGAAGGUUCCUCACUGUCUUCUCCCCUCUCCCCACCACCUCCAGCCACCUUCAGAGAUCCCAGGCCAGCCAAGUGCAGGCUGGGUAACAAGGUUUUCAUCCUUUAUCUCACCUGCUUUCUCUCCAAAGUGACGCAUGUGUCCCAACGAGGCUUCAGAGGAGUUAGAGCGGGCAGGCAGGGCCCAUGACUUGUCUGAGCUGGUACAACUGGGAUCCUUUGAGCUCUAAUCCAGUGGUCUUUACAUGGUCCAGGGCCAUUUUCAGUGGCCGCAUAUUUCUCCAGGCCCUCAAGAAGACCUUGUCAGGGCUCUCUUGGGUCUUUGACCAGUGGCUGGAGGUGUUUUGUGUUCCAGUGGGGGUCAGGCUUGAAGUUACAGCUCCUUCGUUGUGGGGUGGGGGGCUUGAGGUGGUGGCUGAUCUGGGUACCUGGGGGAAAAAGAGGCAGGCAGAGAUUCCCUUCCCCAACAUGAUCAGUCCCCACCCUUUGGAAAGUAUCAUUUAUUUCCGUCAGGUUUGGUGGUGGAUUUCUUCAUGUCUUGUUUUAUUUUGUUUUUAAAGAAAGAAAAAAAUUCAUUUUUGUGCCUUGUUAAAGAAAAAAAAAUAAUAUAAAAAGCAUAUUCCUUCCCUUCUG